CUUUAGAUUCUUAACCACACAGCUCGAGGGAGUGAACACCGCGUCCACGCGUUUGGAGGGAACACUAACUGUACGCGCAGCCCACAGAACCUCACAAAUCCCACGCACGCCCGGCAGGGGGCCCGUGCCCGCAUUGCGCACGCGCAGCAAAGAGCCGCCACUACGCAGGCGCACAGCAGCACGGCGCCGGGCAAACGGGGGACUGGGCCCUGCGAGCGGGCGCGCGCCAUGGAGCAGCGGUUAGCUGAGUAUCGGGCGGCCCGGAAGCGAGCCGGGCAGGCGACUGAACCUGGCACUUCGAGCCAGCGUGCACAAACCUCGAGGGCGAAGGCGGAAGCAGAUGAGACGCCAAAGGCGGCCCCAGGCUGGCUAAAACGGUUCCUGGUGUGGAACCCGAGGCCCGCGAGUGGCCAGGCCCAGCCCAGCCUCGUUCAGGGAGCGGCUCGGCCUGGGGGCCGCGUGUCACAGCCACGGCGGAUUCCAGCCGAGCCCCCGCCCGCGCGGCCCCUGCCGCCCCCACCCCCAAGGAACCGGUCUUUCCUGAGCAACAUCACCUUCUUGAAGGUGCUCCUCUGGUUGGUCCUGCUGGGGCUGUUUGUGGAACUGGAAUUUGGCCUGGCCUAUUUUGUCCUGUCCCUCUUCUACUGGAUGUACGUGGGGACACGAGGCCCCGAGGAGAAGACGGAGGGGGAGAAGAGCGCGUACUCCGUGUUCAACCCGGGCUGCGAGGCCAUCAAGGGCACCCUGACUGCCGAGCAGCUGGAGCGCGAGCUGCACCUGAGACCCCAGCAGGGGAGAUAGGACCAGCCCUGCGGUCGGCUGGCCUCCCAGGGUCCUAACCCCUGAGGUGCCAACUUGUGGGCUUGACUGAGGACAGCUUGCGGGUCAGUUCUGUGACCACGCAGCACCACACUCUUUCCCCGAUCGCCUGCUGCAGUUUUAUAUUAGGACUUCUUUUUGGUUUUGGUGAAACUCCCAGAAAGACACUCACUGUGGGUCUGAUGCAAUUUAUAAAAAUUACACACUCAAGAAAGGAGACCUGUUUGUCUCUUUGAGAGAGGUGAUUUUUUUAGAACACCAGGAGGGCAUUGGGGAGAUAACUGUUUGAAAUAUCCAACUGUUCGAAGUAAUGGUUUCAUACAUCAGGACUGUAUAAAAUAAAUAUUCUUUUUAAGUCUUUUUUUUAAUUAUUUUUCGUUGAAAUAUAGUUGAUUUACAAUGUUGUGUAGUUUCAGGUGUACAGCAAAGUGAUUCAGUUAUAUAUAUAUAUAUAUAUAUAUUUGUUUUUUUUUCUUCUUCUUCUUCAGAUUCUUUUCCCAUAUAGGUUACUACAAAAUAUUGAGUAAGUUCCCUGUGCUAUACAGUAAGUCCUUGUUGUUUUUCUAUUUUAUAUACAGUAGUAUGUAUCUGCUAAUUCCAAAUUCCUAAUUUAUCCCUCCCCUGCUACCUUUCCCCUUCCAUAACCAUAAAUUUGUUUUCUAUGUCUGUGAGACUGUUUCUGUUUUGUAAAUAAGUUCAUUUGUAUCAUUUUUUAGAUUCCACAUAUAAGUGAUAUCAUAUGGUAUUAGUCUUUCUCUUUCUGAUUUACUUCACUUAGUGUGAUAAUCUCUAGGUCCAUCCAUGUUGCUGCAAAUGGCAUUCUUUCAUUCUUUUUUAAUGGGUGAGUGGUAUUCUAUUAUAUAUAUACCACAACUUCUUUAUCCAGUCCUCUGUCAGUGGACAUUUAGGUUGCUUCCCUGUCUUGGCUAUUGUAAAUAGUGCUACAAUGAAGAGGAGUGGGGUACAUGUAUCUUUUUGAAUUAUGGUUUUCUCCAGGUAUAUGCCCAGGAGUGGGAUUGCUGGAUCAUAUUGCAUCUCUAUUUUUAGGUCUUUGAGGAACCUCCAUACUGUUUUAGAUAGUGGCUGCACCAGUUUACAUUCCCAGCAACAGUGUAGGAGGGUUCCCUUUCCUCUACACCCUCUCCAGCAUUUAUUAUUUGUAGACUUUUUAAUGAUGGCCAUUUUGACUGUUGUGA